ACCAUGACGUUACAAAGUGAAAGUAUGGCAGCCUCCGUUGCAGUGGGAUUAAAGUUCUUCGCGUUUGCUGCCUAUUGACACGCACGCGGGGACGCGCAAGCGAAAGAAAACUGGUGGCUUUAAACGGCACAUAAUUUCUUGGCUAUGGACAUGGAAGGAGAUGCAGACCCUGAACAGGGUUCAGAGGAAGAGCUUGUACAUUUAAGAUCUCAAGCGGAGGCCCUGCGUCAGGAACUGAAGACAUGUAAGGAUGAGCUUCAAAAGUUACAGAAACAGCUCAGCCAAAGUGAACGUCUCCAGAAGACGACAGAAAGCUACAAUAAAGAUCUCAGAGAGCAAGUUUAUAGACUGUGUGCAGAAAUCCACGAGACACGGAAAAGAGAGAGAGAGAGGGUGGAUGCUGAGGUUCAGACAGAAGAGUACACCUGGACAGACACGGAUUAUUAUAAUUAUUACUAUGGCGGAUACUACCAGACAGCAACGGAGACAACGGCAGAAACACAGGAGCCUGUUGCCACGGAAACUCAAGAGCCUGUUGCCACGGAAACUCAAGAGUCAUUAGAGCAAACUGAUGUGUAUCCAGUAACAACAGAGACUGUACCAGCUGAUCCUGAGCAAAAGGAUAUAUCAUAUGAUUUUCCACAAACAGAGGAGGCAUCUGGAGAAGGCAACUCUAUAGCAGACAUGCUCAGAGCGACCGCAGAGGAGGCGUUAAACCAGACUAACUUUGUGUUUGAUGAAACUUCUGGCAUGUACUAUGACCAAAGCACUGGAUUUUACUACGAUUCUUCCAGUCAGCUGUACUACGAUGCCAACACAGGCAUGUAUUAUUAUUACGACCCGGAAAGUGGAAAAUACGAAUUUCACUCUAGAAUAGAGGUGCCCGCCGCACACCCUGACGCGGAGCAGACGCCACAGAGGAAGAGCAAAGACUGGAAAAACAGGAAGUCGGUGAAGAGCGCAGAUAGAGCUUCCUGUCCCGACGGAGGGGACCAUAAAGAGGCAGGGCCUGAGUCUGACAAAAAGCCCGAAACUCAUCACAAAGGACAGAAAAAUGACACGGCAUCACACAAGAAAGGACGCAGAUCUCGAUCCCGAAGCCCUCAGCGAGUCACUGCUACAGAAAGAUCCAGAAGAGCCAAGAGUCGAGAUAGAAGCAGGUCGCGCUCCACAGACCGAAAGAAAACCCGGAGACGGAGCAGGUCGCGCUCCGUUGAUACGCACAGCAGGAGGAGGAGAGAGAAUGGGUCGCAUUCUGAUGACACGCACAGCGGGAAAGGGAAAAAAGGGAGGAAGCAGAGGAAGAGAUCUCGCUCUGAGACUCGCAGGGACAGGAAGUCACACACUGAACAUGUGAAGGGUGAGAGUGAGCCAGAGGAAGGAGAGAUCACAGGGUCGGAUGGAGAGAAAAGACCUUUAUGGUCAUCAUCGUCCUCAACUUCAUCUCCUGCCCUGCCUGCUCAUGAGAGUCCAGAGAGAGAGGUUGAAAUGCAAGUGCAGGAAGGAGCCUGGCCGCCGUGCGUUCGGGUGACUGUCGUUCGUUCCCCUGUACUGGAUACUGGUACGCUCUUCAUCCUCACAGCUGACACUGUUGCCACAAUCGGCAGAGAGAAAGACAUGAAUCAUGCCAUCCGAAUUCCAGAGAUGGGUAUCAGUAAGUCCCAUGCGGAGGUUUAUUUUGACCAGGAGCAGCAGUGUUAUAUGUUGAUAGAUCAGGGCAGUCAGAACGGUACCGUCCUCAAUGGAAACAGAAUAUUACAGCCCAAGGUUCGGUGUGACCCUUGCCCCUUGACUCACGGAGAUGAAGUGAAGAUGGGCGAAACCGUUCUGUCCUUCCACAUUCACACUGGAACUGACACGUGUGAUGGUUGUGAACCAGGACAGAUCAUAGCACAUCUGAACCGCCAUAAGAGAGAGGAGACCUCGGGAUCCAUUCUUAGCAAAGAAGACAAGGAAAUUCAACGGCAGAAAGAACUGAAGAUGAUGAAGGUUAAAUAUGGUCUUAAAAAUAGUGAUUAUGAAGAACAGAAGGCCGUAAAGAACAGCAGGUAUAAAGACAGAGCAGAAAACCGCCGGCAGAUGGUUGGGAGCGAGGGAACAUUCCAGAGAGACGACGCUCCAGCUUCGGUUCACGUUGAAAUAGGUGAUGAGAAUAAGGGUAAACAGAUGCUGGAAAAGAUGGGCUGGAAGCGAGGAGAGGGGCUCGGCAAGGACGGAACUGGAAGGAAAGAUCCGAUUCAGUUGCAGUUACGCAAGGCUCAGUCUGGGCUUGGAUGUGGAGUUGCUAUGUCGGUAGAGGAUGCCUCGCUCACCAAAACCAAAAACCAGAGGAACUGGGAGCGUGCACGGGAACGCUUCAAUGAUGCUCAUCUAAAUGACUCUGCCCAUCCUGACACCAGCCAAUCACCUAAUACCUGGGUUAAAAGUCAGGAAACUGAGUGAAUUCUGUGGAUCCUUAGCAGAUUUUUAGGUUUGCCGUGGUCAGGAUUUACACUAGCUUUACUAGUCUUUACAGUGGAUGAAGUAAAGGCCUUAUCCAAUAGUUUUGUAAAUAAACUUGGUUCCUUUUAAACAAAAAUUAUUGAUUUUUUUUUUUCAAUCAAUAUCUCAGACAAAUAAACUUAUUUCUAUU